UAUACUUCCGGUCGGAAUAGUUUGUGGAGCUUCCCUCUUUCCCUGACGAAUCGUCUUAAAGGCAAAAUGACGUGCAAACGACGAAACGGAGGACGUGCUAAGCACGGACGUGGACAUGUCAACCCAGUCCGUUGCACCAAUUGUGCCCGAUGUGUGCCUAAAGACAAGGCAAUUAAGAAAUUCGUAAUCCGUAACAUCGUGGAAGCUGCUGCUGUCCGGGACAUAAACGAUGCUAGUGUUUAUGAAUCUUAUCAGCUUCCUAAACUUUACGCCAAAUUGCACUACUGUGUAUCUUGCGCAAUCCAUUCAAAGGUUGUGCGCAACAGAUCCAAAGCUGAUCGUCGUAUUCGUACACCACCUCAACGUAACUUCCCCAGGGAUAACAUGCGUCAAGGUGCUCAACAAAACAGAAAGUGA